UAUCAUUUUAUGGUGAUAGCUUUGUGGAGUUGAAGACAGCAGAAGCAUCCUCUCAGACAUCCUUACAGUUGCAGUUUCGAACAAGCAAGCCACAUGGACUGCUUUUUCUUGCAGCUGGGAAGAAGGAUUAUUGUUUAAUGGAGCUACGCUCAGGAAAUUUACAGUUGAGAAUUAACUUUGGCAUGGGGGAACGAGUACUGCAUUCUCAGCAAAGAUCUCAGCUGAAUGAUUUAGCUUGGCACCUGGUUGAACUACAUCAUGAACAGGAUAAUGUCACAUUGGUAGUUGAUAAACAUGAUAGAACUAGUGCAAAAAUGCCUGGAAUUCUUCAUGAAUUAAAUAUUGAUUAUGGACUCUACAUAGGUGGUACUAAUAAACUUGAUGUUCCCUACCUUGUCGGAGCGCAACCCAGUUUCCGAGGAUGUAUUGAUGAUGUGUUGUUCAAUCAGGUAGACAUUCUCAUGCCUCUGAGACCUUCUCCUGGAUUUAAAAACAUCCAUGAAGUUUUGGUGGGAUGCAGUGAUGAAUUCUUUGCAGGUGAAGAUGAACCCAUUAGUUUCUUCAGUUCCAGAUCCUACGUUUCUUUCCCAUCAUGGAAUGUUGAUGGUGAGGGAAUCUUGGAGUAUACAUUGCAAACCUCAGCUGCACGUGGCCUGCUGCUUUACUGUCCUGGGCAAGCGGGAGAUUUCAUUGCAAUGGAGAUGGAAGAUGGAUUAAUUAAAGCCUAUAUUGGAAAACAUAAAAGUAGAACCCAGCUUUCCUCUCGUAGGUCAGUCAAUGAUAGUUAUUGGCACUACAUCGAACUGAAAUUUACUGCAGAAUAUUUGCAGCUGACAUUGGAUGAAGAUACUGUGAAAAAAUCAUUGCCUCCCCACAGUAAGCUGCCGCUUCUGAAGGGGUCUGUCUUUGUAGGUGGUGUAGAUGACACCACAAGGUCAGAAGUUAUUAAGUUAGAGCUAAUCUCAUUGUCUGGGAAAUAUGCCAGAGGAGGAUCCUUCAAAGGUUGCUUAAGAGACCUGAAAGCCAAUUCAGAAAAGAAAUCACUGAAGAAUGUUCUGGUAACAAAGGACAUUUCAGCUGGAUGUGAAACAGAGAGUACUUUUAAUACGAAUCUUUCUUUAGAGAUGGCUGUAAAAAACCCUACUGUGAAAGCAGCCCCAACAUUUGCCAUUUCCCCUGAAAGUUCUGUCUCUCUCGGCAAGGAAGACAAAAGCCACCUUUUGGUUCUAAGUAACUUGAUUGUGCUAGAGGGUGGACAAGCUUUACUUGAAUCUAAACAUAUUAAAGCCAACUUAGACUUUCAGAAAUUAGGGAUUCAUCAAUCACAAAUUCUUUUUGAAAUAAAGGAACCACCUUCUCAUGGAUACUUGAAACUAGAUGUUGAACCAACACAGGAGGUAAAUAUAUUUACUAUGCAGGAUGUGUGGCAAGGGAAGAUUCAUUAUGUCCAUGAUGGCUCUGAGGACACUUACGAUUAUUUUAAUUUCUCCAUUUCUACAAGCAGUGAGAAGAUUGUGCCUCUGUAUUUACAAGGAAAUGAGCAGUAUGUGUUUAGCAUUACUGUCACUCCAGUAAAUGAUGCGCCUGAGAUCACACUUCCUGAGGGAAACUUGCUUCUCCUCUUAGAGAACUCAAAGAAACGUUUGACUAGUGAUCUGAUAAAAGUUCUAGAUAAGGAUACAGAUCCUCUGAGUCUCAGUCUUUCAGUGCUUGGAAAUCUGAAUGUAGAUGCAGGAUUUUUAGAAAAUUCAAAGCAUCCUGGAAAGGCCAUUACUACUUUUUCUAAUGAGGACUUAAGAGAAGGCACUGUCUUCUUUGUCCACACAGGCGUCAAGAACUCAAGGAUUGUUCUGAGGGCGAGCGAUGGUGAGAAGGUGAGCAACACUGUUGUGUUACGUGUCAUGGCAGUUGCUUUGGAUUACAGAGUUGUCAACAACUCGGGAAUAAAACUGCUACAAGGUGUUACAGCUCUGAUCACAUCUAGGCACCUGGCAGUUGAAACAAAUGCCAACCUUCAGGGGCUGGAGAUUCGGUAUGAGAUCACAGAGCCACCCCAGUUUGGGGAAGUCCAAAGACAGCAUUCAAAGGGGGAAUGGAAGCGGGUCAACUCUUUUUCUCAACGCUCUGUUCAGCGCAGCCGUGUGAGAUACUGUAAUACUUUUAAAGAAAUUCAGCUAGAAAAUGUUACUGACCAAUUUAAAUUCAAAGUUAGCAUAGGAAACAGAAUCAGUGAAGAGCACAUGUUUCCAGUCAAAGUGAAAUGGUUAAGGUACAGUUUAUUGAAACAUGCUCCUCUAGAAAUUGAAAAAUCAAAGAAAAAGUACUUGAAUUCAGAUAACCUUUUUGCUGUGAUUGUAGAUCUAGAAAUACCUGAAGACGAGCUUCAUUUUAAAUUGCUGUCCCUACCAAAGAAUGGACAAAUUCUGCUUAAUGACCAGCCUUUGAAAAAAGAUUCAGUUUUUAGCCAGAAAGAUGUUACUGAUCAAAAAGUGGCAUAUGAAUUAAUGAGCAGAUACCAUGAAGACAACUGCGAUUCAUUUAGAUUCCUCAUUUCUACAAAGUAUCUGGAAUCAAAUUUAUAUGACUUUGAAGUCUACAUCAAAUCAGAUUUCAGAAACAUUGUUUUGACUAACAGUGGCCUAACUGUUACUGAAGGUGAAGGAGAGUUAAUAACAAGCACAAAAUUAUUUGUGCAAACACCAGAUAAUAAAACUUUCCAAUAUAAAGUCAUAGAGUUUCCUAAGCAUGGGAGAUUAAAACUCAUUAAUUUUUCAAGCUCAUUCGAGGGUAAUGAUAAUCUCACCACUUUCACUAACAAAGAUAUAAGUGAUGAGCGCCUUAUGUAUGUGCAUGACGAUUCUGAGACAGCAUUUGAUGAAUUUCUUGUCAGAGCUUCCAGUGAAGAGUCAGGCAAGUGGGCAAACUUUGAUCCAGAAGUAGAAUCUUUGUCAGUAGAAAUUAAAUUCAACAUUUCUGUCCAGCUGAAGAACGAUGAGAAACCAGUACGUGUAAUCGAUAAGGUAUUUAACGUAGUGAGAAAUGGGCAGCGAUUAUUGACUUUGGCAGAUCUUUGCUAUCAUGAUCCUGAUUCUGAUUUUGAUGAUGGACAGUUGCUAUAUACUAGACGUGGCAUUUCCAAUGGAGACUUGGUGCUAACAAAUGAUACUUCGCACAGACUCUACCAAUUCAAACAAAUGGACCUGGAGCAAGAACAAGUCCUAUUUAUACACCGCGGUGCAGAUUUUGGGCGUUUUGUGCUCUUUGUGACAGACGGCAAGCACUAUACCUCUUUGCUUCUGGAAGUUAGUGCCACUGAUCCUUAUGUAAGGCUGGCAAAUAAUACAGGUUUAUUGGUUCAAAAAGGGAAGACAACAGCUAAUCUAAGUGCUGUUACAAACCAAGACAUCAGAAAUGAUAAUGAGCUUAUAUAUGAGAUAUUCUCUUUCCCAAAAUAUGGAAGAAUAUAUGUAAAUUAUCUGUUGAUGGAUUCCUUUACUCAACUCGAUCUGAUAAAGGGGUGUGUGACCUACAGGCAUGAUGACAGCAACAACCUUAUUGACACAUUUAACUUUACAGUCCAUGCUAGAGAUGUCCAUCUGUAUGCUGGAGUGCAUGUUCGCAUAUAUUUGGAAAGUCAUCAGUGGCCACCAAGGAUUGUGAACAAAAACAAUCUCUUGGUUGAAGAAGGAAAACCAGUUAAAAUCAGUAAAGGAAAACUGCAAGUUGUUCAUGAAAACAGUUCUCCAUCUGAGAUUGUGUUCACAGUAAGACAGCUUCCAGUACACGGAUACAUUCGGAAGUUUUCCUCAGAAGAAGGUUAUCUUGGUGCUGACCAAAGGCCAGUUUUGAGUUUCACACAGCAAGAUGUUGACGAGGGCAAAGUUCAGUAUGUGCAAACAGUUUCUGACCAACUACGUGACCGAUUUUCUCUGGAUGUGACCAAUGGUGUCCGAACAGUGAGUGGAAUAGACAUCUCUGUAGACGUCAUCCCCAAAAUGAUCCCACUGGAAGUACAGAACUUCACAGUAACUGAAGGAGGCUCAAAAGCCCUGGUGGAAGACUAUCUAAAAAUUUCAAGUAGACACUUUGCAGGACUCAGCUGUGAAUUUAUUUUAAUUGAGCAGCCAAAACAUGGGUAUGUUGAAAACUCUCGUGCUCCUGGAAUAAAGUUAACCACAUUUACCAGAAAACAGAUGGAACAAGAAUUAAUCUACUAUGUUCAUGAUGACAGUGAAGAACUGAUGGACAAUUUUACUGUGAUAGUAAAUAACACGGAAUUGUGGAAACGAAGCUUGCCCCAAACUGUAUUUGUAACAGUUACUGCAGUAAAUGAUGAAGUUCCUGUUAUAAAAGUUAACAAAAUUCUUCAGGUCUGGGUGGGUUCAGUCACAGAAAUAACUAUCGAUGACCUCUGUGCAGAAGACAAGGACUCCUCGCCAUUAGAACUGAUAUAUUCCGUUACCCCACCUAGCAAUGGGCACUUGGCUCUGAAGUCUUCUCCAAGCAAGAACAUCCUUAGUUUUACCCAGGCUCAUAUAACUGAAGGGCAGCUGGUAUUUGUACACAAUGGAGCAAUGUCUGGAGGCUUCAGCUUUCAGGUAACAGACGGUUUGAACUUUGCACCUCGACAGAUUUUUAGCAUCACAGCUCAGACGCUAGUCAUUAGCCUUGAAGUGAACAAAGGGCUUGGAGUCUUUCCAGGUUCCAGGAAACCUAUUUCACAAUAUGAUCUGAAAGCUGUAACCAAUGAUGUGACCAAUGCAGGAAACAGAACUAUAACUUUUAUGAUUGUAACUUCCCCAAAACUUGGAAGGCUGAUCAGAGUAAAUUCUGAUAAUACCGCUCAGGAAAUCCUCAGUUUUACACAGUCUAUGGUGGAUGAAGGUGUGAUCAUGUAUGAGCACUUACAUGCUGAGUCAGCUGACUGGAGUGCAGAAGAUUUCUUUACAUUUACUGUCUUCUCUGCACCAUCAGCUUUGGACCUCCAGGUGUUCUAUAUUGUCAUUUCAUAUGAAAUUACCAGGCAUGAUAAGAACAGUCGUCUUCUGGCAAAUACAGGUGCCAUAGUCCAGGAAGGAGGUAGAGUAUUAAUCAACAAGACAAAUUUAGAUGCUUCAAAUCUAUUGGUUAAGCUGCCUGAGGUACAGCGUUCCAUGUAUGAAGUCUGGUAUCAAGUUGUAUCUUUACCUCAACAUGGCGUGAUUGUUGUUGGAGAAAGAAACGUUACCAAAGAAAAACCUAACUUCUCCCAACACAUACUUAACAAAUUUGGAAUUGUGUAUGUACACGAUAAUUCUGAAUCACUUAAUGACAAUUUCACUUUUGCUGUUUGGUUAAACCUAAAGAGCAAGUCUGCAACAAAGCCCAAUAGUGAAGUUUUAGAGGAGAUGUUUAAUAUCACUGUUGUUCCAGUGAAUGACCAAGCUCCAGAACUGAAGACUAAAAGGCUGCACUUGAGAGUCCUACAAGGAGAUGUGUCAGUGCUGGGGUCAGAGAAUCUGAAAGUUGAAGAUCUAGAUAAUACCCCAGCCGAGCUCAAAUACACAGUUGUUAGCAACCCCAAUAAUGGUUAUUUAGCAAUGAAAAGCAAUCUCAGUGUCUCUAUAAGGGAUUUCACACAAGCUGAUGUUGACAAUGGUAAAGUCUGGUUUGUACAGGAUGGAAGUUCAUUUUCCGGGGUGUUUUAUUUCAGCGUGACUGAUGGUAAACAUCAACCUUUAUACAAACUAUUCAGUCUUGAAGUCAUACCAAUUGGUCUUGACCUGGUCAACCUCACCAAUGUUGCACUUCCACAGGGCCAGACAUCUGUCACUAUUACUAAUGUGCAGCUUUCCGCUGUCACAAAUGGAAAAAGCACUAAUAUAAUGUAUGAAAUAACUCAGCCACUCAAAUACGGGCACUUGAUGCUUGGAACUGAGCAGGUAACUAAAUUUGAGCAGGCAGAUUUGUACUCAGGAAGGCUGUCUUACCACCUGACAAAUCUCACUGCAUCCAAAGAAGUAGUGGAGUUUAUGCUCUUCACUGCAGAAAGCAAUCUAACAGGACAAGUGCUGAACAUCACAGUGAAGCCUUUAGUACGAGUUGUAUCUGACAUGCAGAUACCAAAUCAAGCAGCUUAUAAGUUCAGUAGCAGUGAUCUGGAUGCUUCUGAGCUAGCUAAUUUGACAGAUAGUAAUCCUAGAUUUGAAGUGAUAGUACCUCCAUCUCACGGAAGAAUUGUAAAGAAAAGGUUUGUGAAUGAUGCAGCAUUUGAAGAUAUUCAGACGUUCACUCAGGCUGACAUUGAUAGUGGUGUUGUGCUUCUAGACAUAGAUACGAAUAUGACGGGCACUGAUCUGUUAAAUGACUCAUUCAUGUUUAUACUCAAGGCAGAUGCUGUGCAGCCUGCUGUCGGCUGUUUUCAGUAUUCCAUCGUGCCGUACAGUCCUCCACUUGCUCAGGGUGUUACAGCCGAAAUGCCUUCCAUAACCAGCACUACCACUUUAAGGAUUCACACUACCUCAAAGGAUGAGGCACCAGCCUCCCCUCAGAACGAAGAGCCUGCAGUAGCACUGCAGAAGACUGGGCCAACCAUGUGGCCAGGGCAGAAUCGCUGGGGAAAUCUGCAUGAGGAAGGUCCAUUGCUAAAUCUGGCAAUGGGAACAAGGGGAUCAGCAGGGACUAAGACCACAACCCAGGUUAAUGCCAGGAGUCCCAGAGAGCAAGCAGGUGAAAGCAGCAACCCUUGGUACGUCGUUAUCCCUCUGGUCCUGGUGUCUGUGCUACUCAUUGUUGCUGUUAUUUCUGUGUGCAUUUUCCUCGUGUGUCAGAAGAAAGAGAAGACAAAAAUGCAUGUCAAAAGUCAAACAGAUGCAGUCCUCAGUAGUCCAGGUCAGUGUCUGGAACGGAGCUUGACUGUACCCAGUGUUACAGUGACUCCUCUCCUGAAGGGGGUUGAGAGAAGUACAACCUCAGUGUUCAUGGCAGCAAGACAUGAACAGCUGCUUCCUGCAGUGGUUUCUCCGACUGUAGAGCAGUCUCUGCAAAACAGCUGGUUAAACCUUGAUCCUGAAAUGAUCCAGUAUUGUCGAAAAACAAACCCAACCUUGAAGCGCAAUCAAUACUGGGUGUAG